AUGACUUCAAAAGCAGAUGAUUAUGAAUAUGAAACUAACGACGAUGAAGAUAACGAUGAUAAUAACAGUAGUGAUGAAGAUGAGGAUACUGCAUCUGAUAAUGAAGAAAAUGCUGAACGUGUUCAAUCUAUAAAAACAAUAUUUUCUGGAACACGUAUCAAAGAUAAAAUUAAUUCUAAUUUAGCAAACUCAUAUUUCAAAGUGAAAAUUAGUGAUAUGACGAAAUUCUUACAUAAACAGUAA